AUGAAACUUCUCAUUUUUCUAACAGUAAUCUUCAUCGAUGUAACCGCACAAUUCUCGGCCAGUGGUCAAACUGCAAUUCUGAAUGCUCAUAAUGCGUUACGCUCGAAAAUCGCCAAGGGAACAUAUGUGGCCAAGGGAACUACAAAACCAGCUGGAAGUAAUAUUUUGAAAAUGACUUGGGACCCCACCCUCGCUGAAACCGCUCAAGCCCACGCGGAUAAAUGUGUUUUCACAUAUUCUGGAACUUUUGGAAUCGGAGAGAACAUCAAUAUGUUCAGCGUCUCCACAGGAAUCUCCGAUAUAGAUCAAUAUGGGUUUAUCGCUGCGAACGGAUGGGAGAAUCAAUUCCAACACUAUGGAUGGUCAUCGAACAUCUUCAACAAAGCCAUGGCGCAGACUGUUGGACAAGCCAGUCAAAUGGCAUGGGCAAAAACGAAUCUCCUGGGGUGUGGAAUCAAAAAUUGUGGAUCACUUCCAAAGAGCUCUUCUAAUAGAGUGUUGGUUGUUUGCCAAUACAAAACAAGAGGAAACACCUUGAAUCAAUACAUCUACACAUCCGGAACAACUUGUUCGUCAUGUCCCAGUGGAACCACUUGUGAAACCGAUACUGGACUUUGUGUAUAA